UCUAAAGUGAGGUUAGGUCACCUCUGACGUCAUCAUAAAGUUAACGAUUUGUAAAAAAAUAUCUUUUGAAUACGUUUGUACCCAAAAUUAGUACAAGUUCACACAUUGCUGACCCCAACAUGUGACGAGGUCAUGGUUGUCUCAUCGGAGUUCAACCAAAGUUCAACUUAAAGCUUUCCGCUGUAGGACUUCGCCAUGUUCGGCACCCUGUCCCACAGCGUGUUCGAAACGGAGAUAAAAAUCGAGCCGAUCAGCUUCUACGGCUGUUCCAGUUCCGAGCCUGAGGGUAAGCCCUCAUCGCCUCCUGCCGACGUACGUAGCCCCUUUGCCCCCGCUUGCCUCAUUGUCGCAUUGCAGGAGCCCCGCAAGAAGCGCAAGCCGCAGACAUGCAAAAUCUGCGGCAAAGUCCUGUCGUCCACGUCCAGUUAUUACGUCCAUAUGAAGCUUCAUUCGGGCAAUAAGCCCUUCCAGUGCACCCAAUGCGAAGCUUGUUUCUGCCGCAAGCCCUACUUAGAGGUGCAUCUGCGGACACACACGGGUGAGAGACCCUUCAAAUGCGACGUGUGUGACAAGAGGUUUACCCAGAAAUCGAGUUUGAACACACACAAAAGGGUGCAUACGGGGCUCAGGCCGUUUGCGUGCGAUGUGUGUGAGAAGAAGUUCGCCGUGAGGAGUUAUCUGGUGGCACAUCGGUGGUCACACGUGACGGAUGGGUUGUCGUGUCCGGAAUGCAACGCUGGGUUUAGCACCAAGAGUCAGCUGGUGCAGCAUGUCAAAGGGCACAGCAACCGCAGAGGGUUCCAGUGUGAGGUUUGCCAGAGGAGGUUUGUUAGAGAUUCGUAUCUGAUUAGGCACCUGAAUAAAGUGCACAAGAAUAGUGCUUGAUUUGUGAUAAUUUUCCUUUUGUAAUAAAGUGUAAAAAGUAUGUAA